AACGUAAAUUAUUAAUCCAUAACUCAGGACUUCAUGACUAUGCUGUAGAUCUUGGCUAUGAUGUGGUGGAAACAUUAAAUAUUACAAUGGCUCGUUACAAAGACUUCUUACAAGGAAAAUGUGCAUGCCACUUUCAUAAGGUGAGGGAGGUCGGAGUGGAUGAGCUGAAGCCAACCACCAAGACACCAGAGUUUUAUGUUGCUAAGAAACCAGCUAUGUAUGACAUAGAGGGCAUAGAAGGAGAAGAAGAUUAUGAUAGACCUGUGUAUUACCACGUAGAUGGGGAUAUCAAUGCUCUUUAUUCUGAAAUACUCAUUAAUAGAAUAUGCGCUGCAUGAGAUGGUUACUAUGGUAACAUAUUAUUGUUGCUGUGCUACUAGAUGAAUAUUUUGAAUUUGUUUGAUGGAAAUGAAAUGAAACAAUGAUUGUAACCACAGCAACAAAUAAGAUUAUGAAAUCAGACCCAGGUGUAUAACGAGUUAAUA